AUGCUGAAAGAACAGGCAGACUUUCUAGCGCGAUACAAAGUCAAGGUUGGCAAGCUCAACUUGAGCUUUCAUGAUACAACUGUUGGUUUCCCCAUGCCAGUUGUCCUUCUGCUUGAGGGGAAAGACGGUGGGGCGGGGGACUACGGUUUUCUGCGCCGUGUAGACGGGCUUUGCUUCCAUCCUAUCUGGUUUGGAUUUGAUGCUAAUCGGAAACUCCAUGUCGCGGCAGGAAGCGAUACGGGCAGCGACCACCAUCAUCUGGCCAUCCUACUCGGAGACGUCGACAAGGGCACGUCCUGCAAGCUAGUACGGCUACUCGACCUUCCAGGAUACCAUAUCGAGUGCGCAGAUUCUACCACCCACUCCAAUGUGUACACUGUCCCAGCCAGUUUCUUCCGCAAGCAUGUCAUUGACAUUGAUUAUGACCAAAAUUGGAAGUCAGUCAUGUGUUGGGAAGUUCUCCGAUGCACCGAUGGGGGCUCCUUUGAUGCACUCAACAAUGGGGCUAUUGCGAAUAACAGUGAUAAGCAAUCGUGGAUGAAGGACCUGGCUGUGGAGGCCGCGAGGUCAAUUCAGACUUGGAGUAGUUCGGAAAUGCUUACUGUCAGCGCCGAUCUCCAUCACGUUCCUCACCACAGCCUUGUGCCCAACAAAAUGAAGGCAAUUAUCCACGGGCGUGAUCUUGAAAAAAGCCACCAAUAA